AUGGGUAAAAAAGACAAGAAAUCCGCCGAGCAUAAAGCACGGGUGGCGGCCAAGCAAUCCAAGAAAAGUGCCCAGAAGGAGAAAAAGACCAAGACGAAGGGCAAGGAUGCCGACAGCGACGUUGAAGAUGCCGAUUUAGAUGCCAUCCUCGCUCAGUACGCUGAGGAACAAGCCAAAUUCUUGAAGGUGACUGAGAUUCCUUCUGGGCCUCCUGCGCCACGCUCAUCUGCUACUAUUCUUGCAUCGCCAUCCAAUCGGAAUGAGCUCCUGCUCUUUGGCGGCGAGUACUACGAUGGUACCCACGCAACAUUUUUCAAUAAUCUCUAUGUCCACUUGAUUGAUCGAGGCGAAUGGAGGGAGGUUACCAGUCCCAAUAGUCCUUUGCCUCGAAGUGGACAUGCUUGGUGUCGUGGAGGUAACACUGGAGGUAUAUAUCUGUUCGGAGGUGAAUUUUCGUCGCCCAAACAGGGAACUUUCUACCAUUACAAUGACUUCUGGCACCUAGACACGGCGUCCAGGGAAUGGACUCGUCUUGAGAUCAAGGGCAAAGGCCCCCCAGCUCGUAGUGGCCACCGGAUGACUUACUACAAGAACUAUAUCAUCUUGUUUGGUGGUUUCCAAGAUACUUCCCAACAGACGAAAUACCUCCAAGAUCUGUGGAUUUACGAUUGCCAGAAAUACACCUGGUUUAAUCCAACCCUGACUACGGCAUCGCAGAAGCCAGAUCCUCGAUCUUCGUUCUCUUUCCUUCCGCACGAAAGUGGUGCCGUUAUCUAUGGUGGUUAUUCUCGCGUGAAAGCCGUCAGCGGUAAGCAGGUCAAGGGUGGUGCACAGAAGAUGACUCUGCGUCCCAUGGUCCACCAAGACACCUGGUUCCUUAGGAUCACUCCCCCAGCCCCCGAUGCCCCAGCAGCUGCUGGUCCAAAUAUUCGCUGGGAAAGGAGAAAGAAGCCUGCCAAUACCCCGAACCCAGCUCGUGCUGGAACUACCAUGGCAUACCAUAAAGGUCGCGGUAUUAUGUUUGGUGGUGUUCACGAUGUUGAACUGACAGAAGAAGGAAUCGAUAGCGAGUUUUUCGAUACCUUAUUUGCCUGGACAACCGAUCGAAACAGAUUCUUCCCGUUGUCCUUACGACGACCCCGCGCCCCUGGCAAGAAACAGCAGGCGAACCAAGCUGCUAGAUCCCGAGGCGAUAGAAGCAAAGCCAACGAAGAAGAUCUUCUGCAGAACCUCAAGGCACUGGAAGCCAAGGGUGGGAUUCGCGAUGACGAUGGCGAUGAAUUUAUGCAGCUCAGCACACCAAAAGAGGAACCUGUUGAGCCUUCCAAGCCUGCUGUUGUACGAUUCGAGAUGCCGCAUAGACGCUUCAAUGCGCAGCUUGCGGUACAGGAUGAUAUGCUAUUCAUUUAUGGAGGGACAUUCGAGAAGGGUGACCGGGAAUUCACUUUCGAUGACAUGUACGCCGUUGACCUUGUUAAGCUGGAUGGUGUCAGAGAGGUAUUCUACAGGGAACCCGAGAACUGGAACCUCAUGGAUGAAGAAGAAAGUGACGAGGAAAUGGAUGAUGAAGAUGAUGAUGAAGACAUGGAUGACGAGGAUGGUGAUGCUAUGUCUCUCGAUACGUCGUCACCUGCCCCAACAGAAAUUACUGUGCCAUCGGUUACCCAGGAUUUGGAACAACUUGAAGUCGAAGAACAAGAGUCCGAAACGCAGCCUCAUGACAACCGACCAUUGCCUCGUCCAUUCGAGACCCUCCGUGAAUUCUUCGGUCGUACUUCCGAGGAGUGGCAAAAGCUCCUUAUUGAAGCUAUAAGACUUAAGGGCGAGGACAGCGAGAAGAGCAUCAAAGAGUUGCGGAAGGCUGCAUUCGACAAAGCAGAGGAGAAAUGGUGGGAUAGUCGUGAAGAGAUCAUGGCUCUGGAGGAUGAACAAGAAGCAGCUGGUAUUGGGGAGGUGGUUAACAUGGCCGAUCGGACUGAAAAUGUGGGAGGAGCUGGUCGCCGUCGUUGA